AUGAAAUUGACGGGAGCGAUGACCAAACAUCAUGGUGGGAUCCAGCAACAACAACCACCACCACAACCCUCCCCCUUCUCCCUCACCUCCGCCCGAGCCUCUCAACAACAACAACACCAUGUGCGAGGCUGCGUUGAAGCAGUGUACGCUCGCAGUCAGUUCCUCAGAGUCCCCGAAGAAGAGGGAAUCACUGGAACUGGCUUCACUCGCCGUGCUAUCACCGCCGAAGCUGAGGAGGACAUUGCUGCAAAAAUUAUCUGUGAGCAAGGAGCACGGACAGUUUGCAGUAGUGGUCCUAUCCGCAAUGUCACCAUUAGACAGCCGCCCUCCGCCUCCUCCCUUUCUGGGACUGAUGUGUCCUAUGAGGAAAUGAGAGAAAGUUAUAUAGAUGGUAAAUCACCGAGUAAGUCAUCUGAGGAGCUGCUUAUAGGUAUCUCUAAUACUUUACCUGAUAGCCAAUCACCUAGCAAUACGUCAUCUAAGGAGCGAACACGUGAAUUGCUUAUAGCUAUAUCUGAUUCCGUACCUGAUAAGGAUGAAGAUACAAUUUUGAAUUCAGAUAUUAUGCCUAAGGGCAAAGAUGCAGAUAAUUUUGAAAGAUCAAACGACGAAUUUGGGCCUAAGUGGAUUUCAAGCAAGGAUGCAGAUGACUAUGAAAUAGCAAAUUCUGAAAAAUUUAAGAACAAAAUUAGAAUGCACUCUUUUAGUGACGCACACGCACUGUUCGAUGAAAUUCCUCAGCCGAACGUCGUUACUUGGAACACUAUGAUAUCUGGGUACGUCCACACUGGCCAGUUUCGAAACGCUUUGUCGUUUUUCAUGCGCCUGGACAGGUCCCAUGUUUGUGCCGACGCGUUUUCUUUCACGUCAGUAUUGUUUGCUUGUUCCAAACUGAGUCUCUUUAAACUUGGAAGCUCAAUUCAUUGCAAGACCGUGAAACUGAGCAUGGAUGAUAGCACUGUGGUUGCAAACUGCUUGAUUGACCUGUAUGGGAAAUGCUGA